AAUAGGAAAUUAUCCUCUGAGUAACAGGGGCCCGUCCUAACUGGCUGAGAAUCGACAACAACAGUCUUCACCACUCCGUCUCCUUCAAUUUUCCCCGCUGCUUGGGGACCUACCAUGCCCUCCUCCAUACGCUACCAACCAGUUCCACAAUCAGAGGAGGAUCACUCAGAAAGCAUGUCGUCUCUAUCAGCGCAGGCGUGUGGGGAGGAGGGAGCUGUGGGUAGUGGGCCGCCCCCAGACUACUCACCACAGCCAGAGAGCACGACCACAGCAGCCUCGGGUAAUCUGGAGGACAUCCCGCCCCCCAAGCCAGAUAUGCACGCCCCUCCACCGUAUGAGGAGUCAGAUCCCCGGGAAGGACUUGAGGGCAGCUCCAACCUUCCCUCCUUCUCCCCAGACUCUCCCUCAGACAUUCAGCCACCCAGCUACGAGGAGGUGCAGCGACUGAAGGCUCUGGAGGCUGCUGAGGACUCCCCACUACCUCUGUGUCAUGGUGGUGGCCCGCUGAGUGGUGGUGGUGCCAUGGGAGGGGCUGGUGCUGGUGGUGCCAUGCGGGUCCUGAGAGUGUCCUCGCUGGGCGGCCUUGACCCUGAGACUGCUGAGAUCGCUGAGGAACAACUCUUGGGCACUGACUUCAUGUUCUUUGUGGCCUUUGUUGCUGCAUUUGUCUUCAACUGGGUGGGUUUUGUGCUGCUGCUGUGCUUCUGCCACACGGUUGCUGGCCGCACUGGGGCACUGGCUGGCUUUGGUCUCUCCCUGGCCAAGUGGGCAGCAAUUGUGAGGAACUCAACAGACCUAGUGGCCGACUCCAACACCUGGCUGCUGUGGCUCAUCAUGGCCCUGGGCAUGUUGAUCUGCAUGAGGGCCAUCCUGCAGUACGUCCACGCCAAGAGAGAGUGGCACCAGGUCCCCCACAACUCCCGGCAUCGCUUCUUCCUCUUCUACUGAGGUACACCACCGGGGGACGAGGGCCGGGAAGAGUGUGUUGAGUACUAGUUCCUCAAGCCGCCGCCCUCUGUUACCCUUGUUGCUGAUGCUGCUAAUGACAGGGAGGGAAGUGUGUGAGGUGGCAGUGGUGUGUCUUGUGAGGGGAGGUGAAUGUAUGCCUGUGUGUUUGGGUGGGAGUGUGCAUGUGCGCAUGAUUCAGAGAAGAGACAGAGGAGCAGAUCCACAAGUCAGCAAGAGUAAGACUCAAAGAUGCAGCUGCUAUAUAUUCCAAAGCAUGUAAUUGUAACUGGUUUAAUAUAUGCAUGUAAGAGCUAAGGUUGUGUAGGCUUUGUGAGAGAGGGUUUUAAAUUGUGUCAUCCUCACCUUAAUGUAGAGGGGUUGUGUUGGCAGGGUUGCACGUUUGGUUGUGAUUCAUUACCAAGCAGUCAUAAGGAACAUAUUAAUCACUGCACCAGGAGCCACAAUGUCUUAGCUCACAAAGAAUGAGGGGCAAGGAUACUCUGUUGCUGUGGCAGUUUGUUGGGGAAAUGGCAGACUGACUGUUGAUGAGGAAUGUAAAUAAAUUGGUGUUGGUGUAUACUAAGCAUCUUCAUAUUGGUGUCAGGAACAAACCAUUAGCUGUCAUGCAAUACAGAUGCAAGCUCAGUGUAAUUACUCUGACCGCCUUGACCAUCAUCACGUUGGCAGUCUUCACUAUGUUCAUUUUGCAGACACAUGAGUCCACCUCUUGAUUAUUGCCAGCCCAGGUCGGUGGCACGGCUGGGUGACUGGGCUUGCCUGGUGGCCCUGAGCGGUGCUACUCUGACUGGCUGGUGUGGUGUGUGGCACUGGUGGCACUUGGCCCGGUGGUGAGCACCCCACACAGCCCUGGGCUCGGAGUGUAGCACUUAUGUUAGUUAUCCUCGAGGAGCUUCUUGCCGCCUCCUUCAGUUAGUGCUUUUCGUAUCAUUUAUCUACAGCAUGUAUAAUGUAUAUACGUAUAUUUUUAUUUGGAUGAUAUAUAUAUGAAAGAUUUUAUGCACAUAUCUUAGGUUUGCGUUGGUUGAUUUCACAGUAUGGAAAGUUUUAUUAUAUUUAUUAUUAAUUGAUACUUAAUGGAUAAAUUGUACCGUAAAGAUAUUGGAUUAAUUGUAAUUCAGUACAUUUUACUAUAUGUAAUAGAGAGGAAUAAGUGUAAUCUAUCAACUGUAAUUAAACAAAUUUUGAGAGAAGAAAUUAAAUGCAUAAAGAAUUACAGAAGUACACACACACACACACACACACACACACACACACACACACACACACACACACACACACACACACACACACACACACACACACACACACACACACACAACAUUUCUGUCAAUGGUUCAGGCGUCUCUAUUAAUCGUGCUGGUCUUUUGGAUAUUUUGUAGACAACCUGUGUAUUUGCUUGACACUGCGGGUCUUUGUACUGCAAUGUGUAUCUUUCUUUAUUUAUUUUCCAUGUACAUGAUUGAUUUGAAAUAUUUAUGACUGGAGACCGUACUUUUAUAAGCAUCAUAGUCAAGUGUGAGUAAGAGACACUUGUUUUUAGUUUAUGCAAUGACAUUGAUGUAAGAAAUUAUGUUCAAUUGUUGUUUUCUUCUAAGCAUUUCAAAUUGUAGUCAGAAAUUAAUUGAUAAGUUUUGUGAAUGCUGCAAAGUUUCCUUCACAGUUUACUACAAUUCUUAUAUAGUGUUGAACAUCUGCAUGUCAUUCUUCAUAUGGUGUUGAAUUGUAAGAGAUAUUUUUUAUACUUUUCUUGCGUUCUUUGAUGCUUUGUUAGUGUUAAACCUCAGACAAGUCAAUAAAAUGUAAGUCAGACAAAA